CCCGGUGCGGUCAGUCCCUUUGGAGGGUGGGGGAAGUAGGAGAGCUCACAGAGUGCCUGUAACAUGGCGUCGGAGGGUGCGAUCAUCCCGCAGCUAGUGGAGAGUAUAACACAGAGCGGCAGCCCCUCUACCACUUGUAGCGUGCCCAUGGCGGGGGGGGACAUUAGUAGUAGUGCCCACACCACCAUCCCCUGCCAGACAGAGAUUGAACUGGAUGAAAAAACCAAAAAAGAACUUUUUACGGACACCUUCUGUAGGGUGUGUGGGGCGGUCUUACAGUUCGAAGCUCACAGAAAUGCACACUAUGAGGGUAAGAGGCACGCGCAAAAAGUGCGACUGUAUUUCCUGAAACAGGAGCUGGAAGAACUGACUUAUAAGAAAAAACAGAAAGUGGAGCAUGUCGAUUUUCACGUGGAGAAAGGCAUAUCUCUAGACAAAAACAGGUUCUGCAGCCUCUGCAACAUGGUGUUCAGCUCUCCAGUUGUCGCCCAGUCGCAUUAUGUUGGGAAGAUUCAUGCCAAGAAGCUGAAGCAGAUGAGUGGAGAACAGAGCGAGUGGUCAACGGGCCCUGAGGAGAAUGCCCAGGUAGAAACAGCUGUCGACGAGUCCGAUCCCACAUUCUCCCCUCUGACAGAGAAGUCCAACCAGCAGGACGCAAGCUCAGAUCCUGCCGGCGGUGAUAAUUCAAUUGACCUAAGUGACCCAAACAAGUACUGCAAGCUCUGCUGUGCCUCUUUCAACAAGCCCCUGGUGGCCCAGCAGCACUACAGUGGGAAAAAGCACGCCCGCAACAAAGCACGCAAGAAAAUGAUGGAAGAGAUGGGGGAUACUGGGGUCCCUAUAGACUCUGGGGCAGGUGAAGGAAUAUAUGUGUGCCCAAUCUGCAACAUUACCCUGACCUCCAUAGAGAUGUACCAGUCCCAUAUGCAAGGCAACAAGCACCACAUCAAGGAGACAAUGGUGGCAAAUGUCAUGAAAACCACAAAGAAGGCAUAUAACUCUUUUCAAGAUGAACUGGCAGAUUAUAUAAAAGUACAGAAGGCAAGGGGGCUGGAACCCAAAAAGUUCAGGCAAGAUAAGGAUCACUCUGAUAGCUGUGAGGAGGAAGAACCUGUGCCUGCACCUACUCAUCCUAAAACUAGUCUCCCUGUCCCAUAUAAGUAUCCGCAUCAUCCCCCCAUGCCCUACCCUCCAUAUAAUUCCCAUCAUCCGCCUGAUUUAAGAGCGGCAGGUUGGGAUAAGCCCUACUGGCCUCAAAAGCCAACCCCAAAAAUACCCAGCAGAACCAUUCCCAACAGAAAACGCCCUUGUUCCAGCCCAGACUCCAGCGAGGAUUCCUCCUCAAAUGAAAGCAGCAGCUCCUCCAAGAAGGAGAAAAGACACAAAAGAGAGCACAGAAGCAAAGACCGGAAACAUCAACACAGCAAAACAAGACGAGAAAACGGGAGCAGCGAGAGGAAAAAACGGAAAAUAGAAGAUUCUGACUCGGGGAAAGACGAUGGCGAGCGGGAGAAGAAAGCGGAAGAGUCCAAGCAUCGGAAAGACAAGAAGAAGAGAGAGGAGCCGGCUGCCGACAAAGAGGGCAAGAAACACAAAAAACCUAAAAAGAUAGAGGACCAAAGAACGGAAGAAGAGAUGUUGUGGGACGAGUCCAUCUUGGGGUUCUAGGGACGCGUAAGACAAUAGAUAAAAUAUGUUACUUUAAUAAGAGUCUGUGGUAAACGUCUCAGAAAAUCAUGGGUCCAGGAAUAUGGGACACGAUCCAGGAGGAACACCUUGUUGUACUUAACUGGGGAGGAGACCACUGAGAAGAAGUAACCAGAGGCCUGGUAUAUAUAGAGUAUUUUGCCGAAUAGUGUCUCACAUAGAGGUCUAAUUUAUUUUUUUCUUUGUUUUCGUCUAACAAGUAUAGUCUGACUUUAAGGGCUUUCCUUCCCCCAAAAAACUGUAUAUUUCCAAUAUCCUUGUUUAGGCUCAAACCUUUUUUCCGCUGCUGCUGCCAUUACAAGGGGGAUUUCUACAUUUGUGAUUAUGUGAGCGACUUUUUCUAUGAGUAAACCCAGAGCCGUC